AUGGCAACAACAGAUAUCAUAUACCUGGUAAAAAAUAACUUGCUCUAUUUCCAAAUGUGGACGGAAGUGGAAAUUUUGCAAGAAUCUUUUUCAUGGAGGGGAAGUAACUUGCAUUUACUCAAAGGCCGUCCACCCCAUAAGCUAAGCAAUGAUACAGACACCGAAGAUGAUGAUAUGCUAUCAUCGUCACAAUCACUAGAAUUCAUAUUACCUAUCAAUAUGUCCCAAUACAAGGAAAACUUUCUCACCUUAGAAUGUUUGAGCCAAAUCUUUAGCCAAUUUUGCAGUCCAUCUACUGAAAGAAUACUGCUGGCAAUAAUCAAUGAUGAUGGCACGAUUGUUUACUACUUCAUUUAUAAAGGAGUACGAAAACCGAAAAGAAAUUGA